AUCUAGGUCAAGGGACUGAGGGAUGUGAGAUAAGAGAGGUUUUCUUUUGCACUGUCCCAUUCAUCAUAGUAGGAAAAAAAGAGACCAAGGGCAUCAGAUGCUCUGUCCAGAAGGAAAAAUUAUACAAAAGGUUCAUGCCUUCUGUUUUUGUAUCUCUUGAGUAAUAGAAUAAUAGGGUGGAGGAACUGGAAAAACCCCAAAUGUGGGGGAUCUGGCCCUUUCCCAUCAUGCUCCGGGUGGGUGUUGAAAGUAGAGGUACCAUUCACUGCAGAAUGCUCCCCUUUUCUGUCCGACAUCUUAGCAAGGAGGCACUUCUGGCAGCUGCUUUCCCAGCUUCGAGAUGCUGCCCAAGGAUGACAAGAAGAAGAAAGAUGCCAGAAAGUCGGCCAAGAAAGACAAAGACCCAGUAAACAAAUCUGGGGGCAAGGCCAAAAAGAAGAAGUUGUCCAAAGGCAAAGUUCGGAACAAGCUCAAUAACCUAGUCUUGUCUGACAAAGUGACAUAUGACAAACUCUGUAAAGAAGUUCCCAACUAUAAGGUUAUAACUCCAGCUAUUGUCUCUGAGAGACUGGAGAUUCAUGGUUCUCUGGCCAGGGCAGCCCUUCAGGAGUUCCUGAGCAAAGGACUUAUUAAACUGGUUUCAAAGCACAGAGCUCAAAUAAUUUACAUCUGGAAUAGCAAGGGUGGAGAUGCCCCAGCUGCUGGAGAAGAUGCAUAAACAGGCCCUACCAACUGUACACUGUAUAUUUUGAAAAA